GCGGAAAUUGCAGAGACUGCACUCUACGUUUUUCGUAAGAUCUAGUUUUCUUCUCCGAUCAAUGGCGACUGCGGUGGUGUCUAACGGAAACGGCCAUAUCGCCGGUAAGAAUCCUACUCCGGCGUCCGGCAGGUCUAUUUCUGUUUAUAGUGAAGUCCAGACUAGCCGCCUUGAUCAUGCUCUUCCUCUUCCGUCUGUACUUAAGAAGCCUUUUAAGGUUGUUGAAGGUCCUCCUAGCUCGGCUGCUGGAAAUCCAGAUGAGAUUGCAAAGCUUUUCCCAUGUCUGUUUGGGAGGCCAUCGGCAGCUUUGGUUCCACAUAGUGAACCUCUUCCAGUUCAGAACUUAAAGAUUGGAGUGGUUCUAUCUGGAGGACAAGCUCCUGGAGGACACAAUGUGAUAUCUGGGAUCUUUGACUAUCUUCAGGACCAUUGCAAGGGAAGCACACUCUUUGGGUUUAGGGGUGGACCAGCUGGAAUUAUGAGGUGCAAAUAUAUAGUUUUGACCCCAGAGUAUAUCUAUCCAUACAGAAACCAGGGUGGGUUUGAUAUGAUUCGCAGUGGUAGAGACAAGAUUGAAACUCCAGAACAGUUCGACCAAGCCGCAGAAACAGCUAAGACUCUUGAUCUUGAUGGGAUUGUUGUGAUUGGUGGAGAUGAUUCAAACACUAAUGCUUGCCUCCUUGCAGAAAAUUUUAGGAGUAGAAAUCUGAAAACCCGUGUGAUCGGAUGCCCCAAGACAAUUGAUGGUGACUUGAAAUGCAAAGAGGUUCCUACAAGUUUUGGAUUUGACACUGCUUGCAAGAUUUACGCAGAAAUGAUUGGAAAUGUAAUGAUAGAUGCUCGCUCAACUGGAAAAUAUUAUCACUUUGUGCGUCUGAUGGGUCGUGCAGCUUCACACAUCACAUUGGAGUGUGCUUUGCAAACUCAUCCUAAUGUUACUUUAAUUGGAGAAGAGGUUUUUGCCAAGAAAGAGACUUUAAAGAAUGUCACUGAUCACAUUGCUGAUGUCAUAUGCAAACGAUCCGGACUUGGUUACAACUAUGGAGUAAUCCUUAUUCCAGAAGGCUUGAUUGAUUUCAUUCCUGAGGUGCAACAACUUAUUUCUGAGCUGAAUGAAAUUUUGGCUCAUGAUGCUGUAGAUGACGCCGGUCUAUGGAAGAGAAAACUCAAUGAGCAAACUCUUCAACUUUUUGACCUUUUGCCUCAAGCAAUUCAGGAACAGUUGAUGCUUGAAAGAGAUCCUCAUGGCAAUGUUCAGGUUGCCAAGAUAGAAACAGAGAAAAUGCUUAUUCAAAUGGUUGAAACCGAACUGGAGCACAGAAAGCAAAAUGGUGCUUACAACGGCCAAUUCAAGGGCCAGUCCCAUUUCUUUGGCUACGAAGGAAGAUGUGGUUUGCCAUCUAACUUUGAUUCUGCAUAUUGUUAUGCAUUGGGUUAUGGUGCCGGUGCCCUUCUUCAAUCUGGCAAAACCGGACUCAUAUCAUCCGUAGGAAACUUGGCAGCUCCGGUUGCAGAUUGGUCCGUAGGUGGAACUGCACUGACUUCACUUAUGGAUGUCGAAAGGAGACACGGUAAGUUUAAGCCUGUGAUAAAGAAGGCAAUGGUUGAGCUUCAAGGUGCGCCCUUCAAGAAGUUCGCAUCGAUGAGGGAAGAGUGGGCCAUCAACAACCGAUAUAUCAGCCCUGGUCCGAUUCAGUUCCAUGGGCCGGUAUCUGAUCAAGUUAAUCACACCUUGCUUCUUGAGCUUGGAGAAGCAUAAAAAAGAUGUCAAAUUCCUCUUCUUAUGUUAUCUUUUGGUUGUUCUUGAAUGUGGAUUAAUAAUGUCUUAUUCCAAAACAAAAACAUCCUAAAUUUUUAUGUGUUUGGUUUCUUGCCUAGGACGAUUUUUCA